GUUUGAAAAAGUCAGUCUAGGCGCAAAGUGUGCCAGAGGAUCACAGAAAGGUUUAACUUUACAAGGACUUAAAAAAGAAUAGUCAAUGCAGCGAUCAGUGUUGCUGCUGGGUAUUUUCGCCAUCCUGCUCUGCGCUGCAGUGGCUCUGCCCACAGGUCUGUCCAGAUCCGAGGAGGAUUGGCUGGAAAAGAUGCUGGUGGAAAGCGAAAACAGCGGCGAACUGCAGGACCUGGACUACAGCAGCGGAAAUCAUGCCGUCAAGCGAUCUGCCAAGGAUUCGAGCUCCUCCGAAGAAAACAAGAAAGAUGCCAAGGACAAGGCGAACAGCUCGGGAAGUUCCUCAUCCGAGGAGAAGUUAACAACUGGAACCGCCGUCCAUGCAGAUGAAACUACAACUGAGCCCCCCGCCAGGAAACGAAGGGAAAUUGUAACAAGACGUCCGAAUAUGGAAAUGGAUCUGCUAAGUGACCUGAUAUCCAAGGACUUGCAGGAAAUUUUAACAAUUGACCUGAGUGACAAAAGUGACCUAAGUGAUCCUGUAACCAUAGACUUCGUGGAGCGCAACUACGAAAACUUUUGUCACAGACUGGAGGAAAAUAGCGUUAAAAGACCUGAUCUCUAUAUACACUAUUUGUGGGUGAAAGAAGUAUUUUGUGACGGACGGGAACCUAGAAGAAGGCGCGAAGCUGCCGACAAGGAUCAGCAAAAGUAUAAAAUAACCAGCGAGGAGUCGGAAGUGGAUUACCAGGCCGGGAAGGAGCUGGAGGAGGAGAUGGCACGGGCUACAGCGGAUAUUCUAAAGAUCUUAAACAGCAAGGAUAACACUAGCAUCGAGGACUACGCCCAGGGGUGCGAGGUCAUGGAGGUCAGCUCCAAGGAGGCCAACGAGGCCACGUAUGCGGAAUAAUUUCUCUAAGCCUAAUGAAUUUAAAUAAACACGAAAAAAGCUGAAAAAAACA